GGAAGGCGGGGCAAGCGGCUGCUCGGCAGCACAGCGGAAGAAAAUGGCGGCCGUGGCUGCAGAGCCAGGAGCUGCUUCGGUUCCUCCGACAACAAAAACCGACAACGAGGGCCCGUUAGACCAGGACCCGGCGUCACCCGGACUUAGAGUAGCCCCGCUGGAGGCACCCGUGCCGCGGGAGUCGGGCGCCGCCGUCGAGCUGGUCGUGUCCCGGGUGGAGGAUGGAGCCGAGGCGGAGGAGCGCCGCCAUGUCGGGCCAGAGCCUCGGCCCGCGGCGGGAAAAGAGCUCGCUGAUCCCGGGGAUGUAGUCCAGAACCUGCCGGGGGAUCGGGACGGUACAGACCUGUUCUCUCCGGGACUCCUGGGAGAACCGGAGGGCGGUGGUAAUGUGUCCCGGAGCUUGCGGGCUGAUCCACAGCCCCCCGCCGUCUUCCUGCACUCUCUCCCGGCCCCGCCGCCUCAAACCGAGGCCGGACUGUCCCUGGACGAACCGGCGGAGCCGACCACUAACGGGACCACCAACCGGGAGACGAACCGGACGGAACCGGGCCGGGAACGGGGCUACAGGGUACAACCGGAUUUCAUGCAAGGGACUGCGGAGGACGGCCUGCUGUUGGUCCCGGACAGUCCAGACCAGGCGCGCGAGUCAGAGCAGCUUCCGGUUUGCGGGCCGCCCGACUCCACCGAGCCCGGACCAGAACCCGGACCCUCCGUUAAAGACCUGAGCCCCGGGUCCGAGGUCCGGGUCUGUCUGGAUCACGUCAUCGAUGACGCCCUGGUGGUGUCCUUCCGGUUGGGAGAGAAGGUGUUCUCAGGUGUUCUGAUGGACGUUUGUAAAAGGUUCGGACCGUAUGGUAUCCCCAUCACCAUGUUUCCCAGACGAGAUGACCGGAGUGGACCUCAGCUCUCAGUGCCGUCACCACCGGUUGCCAUUGACAACCAUUCUGUCAAACAGGAAGAGGUCACUACCCCCCAUCACCCCUGGACCUCCAAACCGCCACCGCUGUUCCAGGAGGGGGCACCAUAUCCCCCACCUCUGUUCAUCAGGGACACAUACAACCAGGCCUUACCUCAGCCCCUGCCGCGCAAGAUUAAGAGACUGAAGCGGCGCUAUCGCUGCGAGGAGCCCACGUCCAUCAUGAACGCCAUCAAGCUCCGCCCCCGUCAGGUGCUCUGUGACAAGUGCAAAGGUGUGGUGGCAUCAGGGGGACACAGGGAGGCACGGCGCAGUGCGGUUGACUUGAGGGGAGAGGAGGCGUCCCGACGGCGGCGACCGGCAGAGGGGCCUAUCUCCUCUGAGGUCAAACGACUGAAGACUGACGACAGGGCGUCACGUCCUGCUGCUGACCGCCGGCCUUCAUCAGCAUUACGUGUGACAUCAUCAUCAACUUCAGCUCGCCGCGUUCUAAGGGGUGUGGACUCAGCAGCCUCCAGCAGAAUGUGUCUGAACUCAAAGAAGGUUCUGGACAAACGUUCUGCUGUCGACCGCUCCAAAACACGCGCAGUCCUCAACAAGCUGGUCACUCCCCCACGCCUGGCCCCGCCCCCCCGCAGGCCCAAAGACCACAACCAGAACAUGAACCAGACCCACAACCACGACCAGGACAGGAUUAAGGCAGUGACCCGAGCUGCUGCCCUGCAGGACCACAACCAGAAGGUCCACUUCACCCGUCGCCUGCAGCACCUCAGCUCCGCACCCGUUAGCUCGGGCUCACCACUCCCGCCUAGAAUGCGCAUCAAACCACAAAGGUACCGUACCGACGACGGCCAAGCACCCUCCUCCUCCCCUCCCAAACAGAGUGCUCGGGCAUCGCCUCCCAAACCUGGUCUUAGCUCCGCCCCCACCCCACUUUCCACAGCCCCGCUCCCUCCUGCAGUAAUAUGUCCUCCUCUAGCGUGCACUGCCAUGGUGACUCAGGAGCUCGGCCCCCCUGAGGAGAGGGAGGCAGAGCAGAUAGGGGGAGGAGAUAAAGUGCAGGUAGAGGAUCCUCCCCCUGCCUCCUCUUCCUCUUCCUCCCUGGACUCCUCCCACUCAGAGUGCAGCUCCACAGAGACCUUUGACCUUCCCCCUCCUGGAGACCCGCCCUCCUCCUCCUCCUCCUCCUUAGGACCUCUGUGCCCCUCGUCUUCCUCCCACACACCCCCUCCCCUCAGAGCCGAGUGUGAAGAGAUGCAAGCGGGCGCAGAGGAGGAGGAUGAGGAGGGCGCUGAAUUUAAGAGGCGUCGGAAGUCCUCCACCUCGUCCUCCUCAUCCUCGUCUUCUUCGUCCUCCUCCGUCUUCUCGAAGCUCGUUUCCAAAUGUUCACUCCCUGACGGUCGCACCGUGUGCGUCGGCGACAUUGUGUGGGCAAAGAUCUACGGCUUCCCCUGGUGGCCGGCACGCAUCCUCGGCAUCACGGUUGCACGGCGUGGUGACACGGGGCUGGCUGUGCGGCAGGAGGCCCGCGUCUCCUGGUUCGGCUCCCCAACUACUUCCUUCCUGCCGCUCGGUCAGCUGUCGCCCUUCCUCGAGAGCUUCCAGUCACGCUUUGACAGGAAGAGGAAAGGGCCGUACCGCAGGGCCAUAGCUGAAGCCGCCAGUGCCGCCAAACAGCUGACACCUGAAGUCAGAGCGCUGCUCACACAGUUUGAGACGUAGCAUGAGCUGUCUUGUUGAAGCGCCCCUCCCCCUCCCCACCACUCCAGAUAUGCCCCGCCCCCCAGACAAGCACCCUCCCACACAUCUAGACUGACAACUGUCUGUGGGUCAGACACAGACAGACUGACAAUGUUUUCUGUUUCUUAUUCUGUUUCCUGUUUUGAGGGGCGGAGCUUCUGAUUAACCUGUCAGUGUUCAGUGGGGCAGUAGGCGGGGCUUAGUUUUAGACAGGUGUCAGCCAGCAGCAAAGGUUCCACUCUCCGUCACUUUCACGACAUAACAUUUCCAUCAGUUUACUGACUCUGAUUAUGUCAUAUUGAUGUCAACUGACUGUAUGUUGCUACCCAAGUGCAUUCUGGGUAACUUCAGAUUCAUUCUUCCAGCCUGACAGUUGAUUGGCUGACAGUGCUCACUGAUCAUGAUCAUGUCACACAUCUACAGCAUCAGUUAUGUUAUCCUCUGAUUAGCUUAGCUAAGCAAUGUUAGUCUUAUUAUCAUUGCUAAGCUCAGCUAACAUGCUAAGCUAGGCUUUCAGUUCUUUUUUUCUGAUAUUUCUCACUCCGGAAUCAAACCAAGAAAACCCGUUGUUCUGGUUCGAUCGUCGUCCGUGUUUGUUUGUUUGUGUGUUUUGUGCAUGGCGGCACUGUGGAACAUAGUGCCUCGCUGAUGUGUCACUUCCUGUUGUUCCUCUGGUUCUGAUGAGGAAUGAACUUUUUUCUAAACUGUGAAAACAAAGUGUUGUUCAAACUGAGGCCGGGGUCCCACACAGGGUCCAGAUGUGAGCCAUGUUUUGAUCCUCAGACGCUGAUCAGUUAUAUCAAUCGAUUAAACAAAAACACAAAUCAGAAGCUUAGAGAUGUUUUAUUUAGACAAUAUAGUGAUGUCUCACUCUGUUUGAGACUCUGUGCCUCAGUUUGUCCACAAGAUGCUGACAGGUAGGACAGGUAGGACACACUGACUGUUAGACAGCUGCUCUGCUCUCAUGAUGAUGAAGGUGGAUUUUCCCUCUCUGCUGUUUGUAGUUUCAGCUGUCAGACUCUUUUUACCGUCUGUUUGCAGAUCAGAGAUCCUGAACUAAAACUGUUGGGACAAAAUAACAGAAACCUGUGUACAUGUUCUUUUUUCUCAUGUUUUAAAUCUAUUAAAAAACUGUCAAACUUC